UUAGUGUGUCCACUGUAAAUGUUGCGAGUGUGGAACUAGCGGCGCGGACUCAGGUGCUGUUCUCCGUCAUUAAAGUAGGCGGAUUACUGGUGAUUAUCGGCGGAGGAAUAUACCAACUAGUAAUAGGAAAUUUAGGCAUACUUGACUCAGGUUUUGAGGGAUCCACAACAGAACUAAGCGGAUUUGCUGUGGCACUAUACAGCGGUUUGUGGGCGUACGGUGGAUGGGGAAAUCUUAAUUAUGCUGUAGAAGAAUUGAAAAAACCAAAUAGGAACCUGCCACUAUCAAUAGGCCUGUCCAUGCUGAUUGUGGUCUUUGUUUACAUGCUUGUCAAUGUCUCCUACUUUACACUGCUCUCCAAAGACGAGUUUCUGUCUACCUGGGCGGUGGGCGUGACUUGGGCAGAGAAAAUGUUUGGGAAAGAGGGUGCCAUUUUUGUUCCCAUUAUUGUAGCUUGCUCAGUGUUUGGGUCAGCAAAUGGAGGUGCUUUUGUGGGUUCAAGGGUUAUUUUUGCUGCAGCCAGGGACCAGAAUUUCCCGGAAGUGUUUUGCUACCUUAAUGUUCAUUCUCUGAUCCCGAUUCCUUCAGUUAUCUUCAUGACACUGAUGGCGCUGUUAUACCUUGUGUUGCCUGGUAACGUCGGGUCUAUGAUUAACCUGACUGGAUUCAUAGCCUGGGGCACCUGGGGGCUGGUCAUGGCGGCCCACAUCAUCUUCAAGUUCAAGGGGGACACGAAGGACAUUCCACGGAGCGUCAGGGUUCCUAUUCUGGUCUCUAUGGUUGUACUACUGUUGUGUGUUUAUCUGGUGGUUGCUCCGUUUUUGGAUGGUCUGAAGAUGGAGUACAUUUUUGCUUUCUCUGUCCUUGCUGUUGGUGUUCUUUUAUACUUUCCCUUUAUCUACCUUCACCUCUCCAUUCCAGGAAGUGGUAAGUUUCAAUAAUUCUUAUGUCACCUUGACCUGACCUCAUGUCUUUACCUCUGAGGACAUCCUCAAGUCAUAGUAAAAUUAUUUUUGCGAGUUUUUAUUUUGACCCUGGAGGAUAAGUUCCUUUAAGGAACAUAGUACCCAUCUGAAUCACAUUAUUUACCUGCCAAAAAAUGUACA